UUUCUUCUGUAGUUUUACCCCCAAACCGCCAGGGGGCAACAGCUCCAAACCAUUGACUCGGAAAAACCCAGAGUGAACUUCCGCUAAACUGCUCGCAGUGAGAACUCAGCGCUGACCAGUAGACUUACAGUUUCCUGGUCAUGUGACUCAGCUGGAGGUGAGGAACACUCUCUCCUCUUCCUCAUGGCUUCCCUCAGAGCAGAAGCUGAACGGCUGUGCCGGCUGUGUCCAGCUGCAGAGUGCGGGCUCCCUGAAGGUCACCAUCCAGAGGAGCAGCGAGAGCAGGGAGUUCGGACAGUCGGACCGGGGCGGCGAAAAGAAAAGCCCGGGACUCCACUGUCACGUCUGCGACCUCUCCUGUCACUCCCUGCAGGUGUUUCAGGAGCACAUGUCAGGAGGAGAACACCUGAGGAGGCUGCAGGAGGUCACAUGCCGGAUCCGCUCCUACAGUCUGGACAGGUAACAAGCACACCUAUGGACAGGGGCAGACAGACACAAACAACCUGAGCUGAAGAGGAAGACUGCUGUCAGAGUUCAUAGCAGCUCCUGAUCAUGUGACUUUGGCUCCGAUUGAACUAUUGUUGCUCUUUGAUUUAAGUCUGAAGCUUUGUUUGUGUCAUAUUUCAGCAUUUAUAGAAAGACAGAAAUGUUGUUGUGUAAUCUCACUAAUAGGGCCGGGCACCAAUUGGGUUUUAUGCGGUUCUGGUGCCAAAGCUGUUCUUUGGUUUCGUUUCUAAUCGGUGCCAAUUUCAGUCCUUCAUUAAUCAAAAUAACGCCUACAUCUUCCCAAAUCAACAGAUUUUCAUUCCCAAGUCCCACAUUGACACAUGGUUAAGUCCUCCGUGUCAAACGUUGAUGUUUUGAGUGUCGUUUAUUGACAUGCUGGCUGUUCCCAUUAAAUCAGAGCUCCCCAACCUCCGAGCCACAAGCCGGUGACCCGCCCCACUAUCACCACACGGCGAAUUCGCUGCUCGCCCCUGUCAAACGUGUGAUCCUGAAAUAGUCUGAGGGGUUACCGGGGCUUUAAUAGGUGUGUUUGAGAUCGCUUGAGCCUCGCCUGGAUCGUGGGGGAGACCAGACGGCUGCAGGCGGGGAAAAGGCGGCUGAGACGAGAACAGGAAGGUCGGGGGUGUCCUUCACACUGAAUGAAUUUAAAAUACCUCUCCUCCUUAGUAUGAUCUUAACUAUUAUGUAUUUCACAUUCAUUUUUAUCAUGUAUCUGCGGACAAUAGAUGGAAAAAGGUCAUUCAAUGUGCAUUGUCCCAGAGGAACGGAUACAUUUUAGAUUAAAGUGAACUUUUAAAGGCAUUAACAACACAUAACCACAGAUGAUUUGAAACCUUGUUUAUUUUUACAUCAGUGACCGGUUACAACCUGUGUGUCUGAGCUCAUCACGGUGCAGGGGGGGGGGAUACGUAGCACAUUAGUGAGCCGACAGCUGUCAUCUUUGGACUGUGAGAAAAAAUAAUGACAGUUCCUCUAAAAGAAAUGAGAUCUCCUCUGCAUCUUCUGACCACGGUCGGAGAACAGCAAAGGUUCAACGACUACUUUCCACCAAGAGUUACGGAAUACACAGAUUUCCUUCAUGUAGCUCCAGUCAAUCUGAUCAGCAUCCUGUCACAGUGAAAGAACUACCAGGACACUGUUUCCCACAAUGCAUUGUUUUGCAGUCUUCAGGGCGUUUUGCAGUCAGUGCAGCUCCAGAUUUCCAGCUGCACCCGCCUGAGUAGGCGCCUUACACCCGCCCCUUUCUCGCCAUAUUUUCAUGAUGGUUAACAAGUGAGUCAAAACUACCCAAGAUGCACCGCAAUCCAGGCGGUCUGUGCAGCGCUGCAUCUGCCUGCAAGAUCUCAAACAGACUUAUUCUCACUCAGGGGUGUGUCUGGAUGACAGCAGCUUCCACUGUGUUUCUGUGUCUCUGACUGAGUCUGAAGGAUGUCCCGCAUUAACCCGAGAGGGGAAACAUAGUGGACCUUUUUUCUGUUAUUGUCUCCACAAAAAUAAGUAAAAUAUCACAGUUCAGGAGACUCAAGCAGGCUGGCCGCUGUCUCUCUCCUGGUGUGUGGAGCGAGCGAGCUCCACUGAAGUCCUGGAGGCUGCAGCCAGAGAACCGCCGCACUCCGACAGGACGAAACGCUCGUAUCGGAGUCCCUGAUUGGCUGAUGUGACACAGCGACCUGUCAAACUUCUGUGACCUGUUGUGAAAUGCAGCCAGACAUUUGAGCACUGUGAGGCACGUGUUCUCGUGCUCGCCUCAUCAGCGGUUUUAUAUGAGCCCGCCCACUAUCGCAGGAAAGGCA